AUGUCGCUCUUCCUCGCAUUCGACUACGCUGAGCAUGACCUCUAUGAGAUAAUUCGUUUCCACCGAGAGCAUCUAAAGCGCCCUCUCUCCGAGUACACGGUCAAGUCGCUGCUGUGGCAGCUGCUGAAUGGGCUGCACUACCUGCACAGCAACUGGAUCAUUCAUCGGGAUCUCAAGCCCUCCAACAUCCUUGUAAGGCCAGCUUUUGAGGUGAUGGGCGAGGGCGAGGAGCAAGGGGUGAUAAAGAUCGGUGACUUUGGCCUGGCUCGCAUCUUCCAGUCGCCCCUGCGACCACUCUCCGACAACGGCGUUGUGGUGACCAUCUGGUAUCGAUCCCCUGAGCUGCUGCUUGGUUCGCGGCACUACACGUGUGCUGUCGACAUGUGGGCGGUGGGGUGCAUAUUCGCGGAGCUCCUCACGCUCAAGCCCUUGUUCCAAGGCCUCGAGGACAAAACCUCCGCCAAUGCCUUCCAGAAGGACCAGCUGGAUAAGAUCUUCAGAGUGCUAGGUCACCCCACGGUGGACAAGUGGCCCAUGCUGCAGUACCUGCCGCACUGGCAGGCCAACCGGCAGCUCAUUCAAGACAAGAAGUACCACCAGCCAGAGUUCUACCGCAUUCUGCAGAGCUGGUCACCCAACUCACAUGCCGUCAACCUGCUGCUGCGCAUGCUCGACUAUGACCCCAAGAAGCGGAUAACAGCAGGGCAGGCUCUCGAGCAUGAAUACUUCCGCAUCGACCCGCUUCCAGGCCGCAACUCAUUCUUCUCAGGGCACCCCAUGGAGCGCCCAGUGGUGUACCCCAAGCGACCUGUGGACCUCUCAACGGACUUUGAAGGCAUCUCCACCCUCUCCUCCGCUGCUGCUUCCUCCCAUGUCGCUUCCCUCUCUGCCAUGCCACCGCCACACCAGCAGCACCAUCAGCAGCAGCAGCAGCAGCAGCAGCAGCACCACCACCAGCAGCAGCAGCACCAGCAGCAGCAGCACCAGCAGCAGCAGCAACAGCAUCGGCACUAUCAGCAG